AUGUAUCAGUUGCUCAAAGGGUUGGAUUUUGCCCACUCAAGGGGUAUAAUGCAUCGAGAUGUCAAGCCACAUAACGUCAUGAUUGACCAUGCGAAAAGAAAGCUAAGACUGAUAGAUUGGGGGCUCGCUGAGUUUUACCAUCCUCGUACUGCUUAUAAUGUUCGAGUGGCAUCUCGCUAUUUCAAGGGUCCAGAACUCCUUGUGGAUUUUGAAUAUUAUGACUAUUCACUUGACCUAUGGAGUUUUGGCGCCAUGCUGGCGUCAAUGGUCUUUAAGAAGGAACCUUUUUUUCAUGGAAACUCCAAUACUGAUCAGUUGGUGAAGAUAGCUAGGGUUCUAGGGACGGAUGAAUUGGAUGUUUAUCUAGAAAAGUACGGUUUAGAGCUCAGCGAAGACUAUUAUGAUUUUGGCACAUAUCCUAAAAGGCCCUGGGAAAGGUUUGUUAAUAGCGAAAAUAUGAACCUAACAAACGACGAGUUAUUUGAUUUUCUGACAAAGAUACUUCGCUAUGACCAUCAAGAGCGAUUGACUGCGAAAGAAUCGAUGGAGCAUCCUUAUUUCAAAGUUGUACGAGAUUACUUGGCAACGACUGGUGAAGGUAAUGAUGUCAUUGUUGCGGCCACACCACCCGGCGUAAUGGCCACAGAUUCGGUUACGGAUGGCGAUGCUGAUAUGAAGGAGUAG